AUGCCGGAGGAGAAAAUUGAGGCAACUGGGAUACCGCUGUUCCGCCUUACGCUGAUCGGUGCCCACGGCGUUGGAAAAACCUGCCUGGUAAACUCGAUUAUGAACAACGUGCCACCACCGGCGUACAAAGCGACGCGGAUUCCGGAGCUGUACUACUUUUUGCUCAGGCUAUCGUACGACGAACCCAUUGUAAAGGACACCUACGACGACAUCAAUGCGUUCUGCUUCGAAAUAGAAGACACCUGCGCAGACGACGACGUACGCCAACUCAUCGACAUGUCCAGGGCCAAAUGGCCCUUUGAAAGCGGGAUGAACGACUACACGCCCUUUGGAAUAUUCAAGGAACCGUUGGUGCCUAUGCGCAAAGGCGACGAGUUCCGGCCGGUAUCGCAAAAUCGGAUGGCGUUCCUCGUAGUGUUCGACGUCAGCAACUACGAGUCCUACAAGUACGCCGUAUCCAUCGUAGAAUACAUCAUGCACAACCUGGGUAGCAUAGGCACGACGCAGCCCCUAGUUUGCCUCGUGGCAAACAAGUCGGACCUCAUGCGGGACGAUGCGCCCAUAUGGGAAGAGGCUGAAACGUUCAGCCAGGCGCGUACCGUUCCCAUAUACAGGGUGUCCACUAUACUGAACAAAAACAUCGCAAAGAUGAUGAGGGAACUUGCAAUGCUGCUAUAUGGAUCACUGGCUCUCUGGGAAAUUGUGACCCACACAACUUGA